AUGAAUGCGGAGGAAGUGGAGCUGCUGGGUGACUCCAAGUACAGGAACUAUGUGGCAGCUGUGGACAAAGCCCUCAAGAACUUUGAGUACUCCAGUGAGUGGGCAGACCUCAUCUCUGCGCUGGGGAAGCUCAACAAGGUUCUGCAGAACAACGCAAAGUAUCAAGUUGUUCCGAAGAAACUGACGAUAGGCAAACGGCUGGCCCAGUGCCUCCAUCCUGCCCUGCCCAGCGGGGUGCACCGGAAGGCCUUGGAGACCUAUGAGAUCAUCUUUAAGAUCAUCGGACCCAAGAGGCUGGCCAAAGACCUCUUUCUGUACAGCUCCGGGCUCUUCCCUUUACUCUCCAAUGCUGCCAUGUCUGUGAAGCCGGUGCUGCUGGGGCUUUAUGAGACCUACUAUCUGCCCCUGGGAAAGACCCUGAAACCAGGCCUGCAGGGUUUACUGACCGGGGUCCUGCCCGGUCUGGAGGAGGGUUCAGAGUACUACGACAGAACCAACACGCUGCUGGAGAAGGUGGCUGCAGCUGUGGAGCAGUCGGCCUUCUACAGUGCCUUGUGGGGCAGCAUCCUGACCAGCCCCGCCGUGCGUCUCCCGGGGGUGUCCUUCGUUCUGCUGCACCUGAACAGGAAGCUCUCCAUGGAGGACCAGCUCUUUGUCAUGGGCAGUGACAUUGAGCUCAUGGUGGAGGCAGUGAGCACCUCAGUCCAGGACUCCAGUGUUUUGGUACAGAGGAGCACUUUGGACCUGAUCCUCUUCUGCUUCCCCUUCCACAUGAGCCAGGCUACUCGCCCCGACAUGAUCCGGAUCCUGUCGGCAGCUUUGCACGUGGUUUUAAGAAGAGACAUGUCCCUGAACCGCAGACUCUACGCCUGGCUGCUGGGCUUUGACAACAACGGGGGGACGGUAGGCCCCCGCAGCACUCGACAGAGCAACCCAGAGGAGCAGGCCUCCCACUACUUCAACAGCUUCUCUAAGGACAUUUUAGUCCAGGCAAUGGUUGGAAUCCUCCAGGGUAAGGCCCGAGGUGGAGAGGAGGAGAGCAUCCUCAUGCACGACCUCAAGCCUUUUCGCAUCCUGAUCAGUCUGCUGGACAAACCGGAGCUCGGGCCAGCCAUCCUGGAAGAUGUUCUGAUUGAGGUUUAUCGGACUCUGCACACGCAGUGCAGAACAGAGUUAGAUCUCCAGAGCCAGAGUCCGUUCAGCAAAGACCACACACACCUCAGCAGUAAACUUCGUGAAAACAAGAAGACGGCAGAACUGAUAAAAACAGCCAACCUUCUGUUCAACUCCUUUGAACCAUACUACAUGUGGGACUACAUUGCUCGCUGGUUUGAGGAGUGCUGCAGGAGGAGGGUGAACUGCAGCACAUUUUCAGCUCUCAGGAUUUUAGAGUCCCCUGAGCUCUCUUUGGUGGAGUUUUGUGGAUUAGUUGAUUUUCUUCUGGACAUUGUUUCCCUGCCUACUAGAAGCAUGAGGGUAAUCUGCCAGGAGACGUACAUAGAAAUCCAGACGGAGCACCUCCCUCAGCUGCUGCUGCGGAUGGUUGCAGCUCUGACGGCCCACCUGCAGGCUCUGGGCCUGGGGGAGCUCACCCAGUGUCUCCGGCUCUGUUCCAAGAUCCUCAGCAAGGUGCAGCCGCCUCUCGUGUCCCCUCUGGUCCUGCCCACAAGUCCACAAGCUCAGGGUCUCUCCAACGCCAGCAGCUCUUCAAACUCAGCAUGGGACAGGAGCAGAGACGGGGAGGACAGACGGCCUUUCACCACUACUCUGGAGGUACCUGGCAGUGGGGACGUGUUUGAUGAUGGGGAAAACCUUCCCAUCAGUCGCUCUCCUGAAAGUGGCUUCUCGGACUUUGUUCAGUACCAGGAAGGUGGCUCUGAGGAAAUGGAGCGAGCCCCUCAUCCCGCACUCAAACCCGGCGUUCGUCUCACAGGCCCCUGUCAGACGAAGACUCUGGAUAAACCAGUAAUGCAGAGCUGUCUGGAGCACUUCCAGCUGUUUCUGACCCGACACAUCACCUUGUAUAUUGUGCCUGGGCACGUAGACAAAGCUGAGGGUCAGAGAGGCGAGGCGAUGCCUUCUGGGCCCUCAGUUUCAGGUAACUCCCAGCUCAGUGAUCCUCUGGAGUCAUGCUCAGAGUCUUGGCCGGUCCAGAGAGAAUGUGUUGCUGCCUUCACUGCUGCCUGUCAGCUCUUCUUAGAAUGCUCCAGUUUCCCAGUCUACAUUGCAGAGGGCAAUCUCAAGUCCUCACCCACACAGGAAGAACCAUUCAAUGAUGAAGUUCGGCUGCCAGUGUGGCUGCAAACACUGAUGGACGCCUGUUGCCUAGCCACUGACUUCAGCCUCCAGGGCAUCGCCAUCUCCCUUCUGAUGGACCUCGUGGGACUCACUCAGUCCAUUGCCAUGGUGACCGCUGAGAGCGUGGCGUUUGGUGGCGGUGCAGAGUCCGCCCAAACAAUGAGUCCCAGCCAAGGGCGAGUGGCCGUCGUCAUCAGGCCUCCCCUCACCCAGGGAAUCCUAAAGUUCAUCGCAGAUAAAACAGACUUCUUCAAGAGUGUUGCUCUGAUCUUGUGGGACCAGCUGAGUGAAGGGACACCGCAGCAUCAUCAGCGCAGCGUGGAGCUCUUCUACCAGCUCCACAACCUGGUGCCUUCAUCCAGUAUCUGUGAGGACGUCAUCAGCCAACACCUAAUGCACAGAGACAAGAGAGUCCGUUUGGAAGCCCAUGUGAAGUUCUCUGUUCUGUGGCAUCUGACUCGAGAUUUGAACAUCACCAAGUCGUCUCCUUUUAGCCGCACGUUCGACAGGUCUCUUUUCAUCAUGUUGGACAGCCUGAGUUAUUGGGAUCCGUGUACCAGCGCUGUUGGUCGGGCUUGGCUAAAUCAGGUUCUUCAGAGGCACGACAUCGCCCGGGUCCUUGAGCCCCUUCUUUUACUUUUGCUCCACCCCAAAACUCACAGAGUCUCUAUUCAGAGGGUACAAGCACAGCGCCACUGGGCUCAGGUGUUUCCUGACCCCCUUGAGCAGGAGCCAUCAGAACCUGCCUACAUCGGAGACUCGUGCUUGUCAGACAAUUUGUGUCAGAUCCAAAGAGAGCAAAUUGGACAAGAUGAUUUCCGUGGAUUGACAGUUGGAGACAUGGAGCCCUUCUGCUUGACGGUCAACCCACUGAGUGACAGCUUGUCUAUCCUCAGUCUGAGCAGCGAGAAUUUACAACUAGCUGGUGAAUAUCGGUCUUCUGACCAACAGGGGGAGCCACAGAGCUCAGAAUCCACUGGUUCACAGUCGUCUACGUUGGAAAAUGGGAGCUUUGAAGAGCCAGAGGGAGUCUGUUGCACAGUAAAUGGCUCAGACCGACUUCCUGGUUCCUCUGAUGACAUAUCUGAUGACUCUGUAGAAGAAGCUGUGCACUGUGUUGUAAAAAACAUCAUAGACAGGGUCAUAAGCUUAAUAGAUGAGGAAUCUCGUGAAGAGUCCUCUCCACCUGAAAAUUGGCCCCAAACGGAUACUGAAAGCACUUCCUCAGACACGUCCACCGGUCCCCGUCUGGAAUCCUGCCUUUCUCACAUCUCCAACAACCAGAAUAUACCAGAGAUGCUGGCUGGAGGCACACUGGAGCUUCUCUCCAUCACGCCAUCUGAUAUCUUGGCAGAGGAGCAGCACAGAGAGGGCAUUGCUCGCCACAGUUCCUCACCCUCCAUCGUCACGUUGCCAGACAGUUCUGAUCCGGCCACCCGGGACAACAGCCUGCAGGUGGACGACCCUCAAGCCCGUAAGCGCAGCCAUAGCAGCACUCAGCUGAGCCUCAAGGGGAAGAUUAUGGAGAAGCUGGCAGACAAAUCUCCCGGGGCAAAACCAAAGAUCAAGAAGUCGAAGAGGAAAGAGGAGGAAAGGCAGAGAAAAGCAAUGCAUCAAUCUGAGAAACCUCACCCACCCAGCAUUUUCUUUGGGGACAGUUUAGAUCUGGAGAACUGGUACAGCUGUGGUGAAGGCGACGUAUCGGAGAUCGAGAGUGACAUUGGCUCCCCAACGGGGGGCUCUGCAGGGGUCGCAGGGCGCAGGCCGUCCUCAGCUCCUCCUCGUUUUAACAUCCAUCCUCUCUACCAGCAUGUCUUGCUCUACCUCCAGCUGUACGACUCCUCCAGGGCUCUCCACGCUCUGUCAGCCAUCGCAGCCAUGCUAAGAGCAGCUCCCUCUGGCUUUGUGAGCGCCAUCUCUACCACCAGCAUCAACAACACCUACACUCCGCAGCUCUCUCUGCUCCAGAACUUGUUAGCCCGCCACAGGGUUUCUGUCAUGGGCAAAGACUUUUACUGCCCCAUUCCCCAGGACUCUCACUCCCAUUCAUUCCGCAGCGCCAUGUACCUGGAGAUCAUCAUCUCACUCUGCCUCUACUUCCUGAGGAGCUAUUACUCCACUCAUGUGACUGUAGGUCCUCAGGACUUGGCAGGAAACCGGGCCAUGCAGCUGACCAGUGUGGAGGUCUUGGCUCUCCUUUUCAGCGAGCUGGCUAAAGUCACAGCUGGUUCAGCUAAGGGCUUCGCCAGUUUCAUCAGUGACGUCCUCUCAAAGUGCAAAGUUCAAAAGGUUGUGCUUCAUUGCCUGCUUUCAUCCAUAUUCAGCGCUCAGAAGUGGCACGAGCAGCGGACGGCGGGGGUUAACAUGUCCACAGUGGAGGAAGGUCUUUCAGAGGACAGCAUCAUCAACCUGUCGGAGGACCAGAUAGACAGCUGCAGCACCGUCCAGUCCCAGUUACUCCGACUGCUGCAGAGCUUGGUUGUUCUGGAGCACAGGGUCCUGAUGCCAGCUGAUGAAGGUGGCGACAGUGGGCCUGCAGGAGGAGGAGUGAGCGGAGGGUCAGGAGGCAGUGCUGGGGUUGGGUUUGAGAUCCUGGGUGGGGAAGUAGAGCAUGUCAACCCUCAGCAGCCAAUGACCUCACUGCAGUACCUCCACGGACAGCCCGUCACAGCGCAGGGCAUGUUCCUAUGUGCAGUAAUCAGGGCGCUGCACCAGCAGUACACUUGUAAGAUGCACCCCCAGUGGAUCGGACUCAUCACGGCCACCCUGCCUUACAUGGGGAGGGUGCUGAGGAGGGUGGUGGCCUCAGUGACUCUGCAGCUGUGCAGAAACCUGGAUAAUCUCCUUCAGCAGUACCGAUAUGAGACUGGGAUAACAGACACCAGACCCCAUUGGAUGGCUCUCUGUAUCCCCCCAGAUCUGAUUCUAACUGUGCUGGAGGGAGUCACAUCCAUCAUCCAUUACUGUCUGCUGGACUCCACUUCCCAGUACCACCAGUUACAAGUGAGUGUGGACCAGAAGCACCUGGCCGAGGCCCGUUCAGGCAUCCUGUCCAUCCUCCACACCAUUAUGUCUUCUGUCACUCUGCUGUGGAGCGUCCUUCAUCAAGCCGACAACUCCGACAAACCAGCUGCUGCCUCAGCCACCUCCACCUCCAACAUUAACCUGGGCUCCACUAAGAAUCUCCGUCAGCAGAUCCUUGAGCUGCUCGGCCCAAUCUCCAUGAACCAUGGUGCUCAUUUCAUGGCAGCAAUCGCUUAUGUUUGGAAUGAGAGAAAACAGGUCAAGACCCCAGUAAGAAAUAAGGUGAUUCCUGUAGCGAGUGAGGAGCAGCUGCUGCUGGUUGAGCUCGUUCGCUCAGUGAGCGCCAUGCGCACGGAAACCGUUAUCCAGAUGGUCAAAGAGGUACUGAAGCAGCCGCCUGCCAUAGCAAAGGACAAGAAGCACAUCUCUUUGGAGGUCUGCAUGUUGCAGUUCUUCUACGCCUACGUACAGAGGAUUCCUGUUUCCAGUUUGGUUGACAGUUGGCCAUCUCUGCUCGCGCUGCUGAAGGACUCCGUCCAGCUGGGCCUGCCUGCUCCCGGACAGUUUCUCAUCCUGGGAGUUUUAAAUGAGUUCAUUCUGAAGAAUCCCAAUCUGGAAAGUAAGAAGGACCAGCGAGAACUGCAGGAUGUUACUCACAAAGUGGUGGAGGCCAUCGGGACGAUAGCCGGCUCCUCUUUAGAGCAAACCACGUGGCUGAGGAGAAACCUGGAGGUGAAGGCGUCUCCACAGAUACUUGUGGAUGGAAGCAACCUGGAAGCAGAUGUAGAAGAUUUAAUGCUCACAGUGAUGGAGGCCUCCAGCUUCACUCCAUCUGUGUACAGCGUUCACGCCCUCACGCUGUUGGCCGAGGUGCUGGCUCACCUGCUGGACAUGGUGUUCUACAGCGAUGAGAAGGAGAAGGUCAUCCCUCUGCUGAUUAACAUCAUGCACUACGUAGUGCCCUACCUCCGCAACCACAGUGCACACAACGCUCCCAGCUACCGGGCCUGCAUCCAGCUGUUGAGCAGUUUGAGUGGGUACCAGUACACCCGCCGAGCCUGGAAAAAGGAGGCCUUCGACCUCUUCAUGGAUCACACCUUCUUCCAGAUGGACGCCUCCUGCGUGAGCCACUGGAGAGCAAUCAUUGACCACCUGAUGACUCACGACAAGACCACGUUCAGAGACAUGAUGACUCGCGUUGCCGUCGCUCAGAGCAGCUCUCUGAGUCUGUUCACCAACAGGGAUGCUGAGCUGGAGCAGAGGGCCAUGCUGCUCAAACGUCUGGCCUUCACCGUCUACAGCAGUGAGGUGGACCAGUACCAGAAGUACCUGCCGGACAUCCAAGAGCGUCUGGUGGAGAGCUUGCGACUGCCCCAGGUGCCCAUCCUUCAUGCUCAGGUGUUUCUUUUCUUCAGAGUUCUGCUCUUGCGUAUGUCACCUCAGCACCUCACUUCCCUUUGGCCCACUAUGAUCACUGAGCUGGUUCAAGUGUUUCUGCUGAUGGAGCAGGAGCUAACAGCAGAUGAGGACAUAACGAGGACAUCGGGGCCAUCAGUUGCUGGGCUAGAGACAACCUAUUCUGGAGGAAACGGCUUCUCCACUUCCUACAACAGCCAGCGCUGGCUCAACCUCUACCUCUCUGCCUGCAAGUUCCUGGAUCUGGCCCUGGCCCUGCCUCCUGAGAGCCUGCCUCAGUUCCAGAUGUACCGCUGGGCCUUCAUUCCCGAGGCUUCUGAUGAUUCAGGGUUGGAGGUGAGACGUCAGGGGACUCAUCAGAGGGAGUUUAAGCCAUACGUGGUUCGUCUGGUGAAGCUGCUGAGGAAACGAGCCAAGAAAAACCCCGAGGAGGACUGCUCCACUCGAACCCUGUCCUGGGAGCCGGGUCACCUGAUGCUGACCCUUUACGUUAUCCGCAGCAUGGAGCAGCUGUUGCCCUUCUUCAACCUGCUCAGCCAGGUGUUCAACAGCAAGGCCAGCUGUCGCUCGGGCGUGGCCUACCCCCUCAGUCCCAUAGAUUCCUCCUUCCACAGCCACAAGGACGGACACAAACUGGAGAGCCAAAAGGUGUUCUGGAGUCGAGCUCGGCAGAACAUCGAGGAAAUGGUGGAGAAAGACUUCCUAGAGGGCCUAAUCAAGACGUGAGAGCAGAGCAUCAACAAAGAGCUGACCACUUGUGAAAAACCUCAACCUGUACAUUCAAGAACAAUAUGGGGAUAUAAAUUUGUAAAAUAAGUUGUAUUUAUACUGUUUAUUUCACUUCACUUUGAGAAGUUACUGUAUUUAAUUUUAUUUGUAUAUAUG